UUGUCACUGGUUCUCCGCACAAAGCACAUCUCUCUGGUUAAUUUUUUUAAAUUUUAAAACACAACUACUACAGUUUUAUUUGGUUGACAUUUUAAGUGAAUUAAACAUGAAAUGAACAAAUAGUCUUGAAAACACAUCAAACAUUUUUUACGAUACCUUUCCAUUUACCGUUAAAGUUACCAGAUAGAAAACUCAUCCAUUUUCUGACAUUUUCUCGUGUCCGUGAUAUUAUUGUGAUCUAACUGUUCUUACCCAAUCUGGGGUCUGAGAAUACAAGAAACUAGGACUUGAUAUGGAAAGUGUGACUAAUUCUGAUUGUGAGGUUAAACAUGUGUUAUAGGUUUAACGAGGCGAAAUCCUUGCUGUGCUCCAGCCCGAAUUGACGAGAAUAUAUUGACACUAACUCAGUGGGAAUCCUCGAAAUCAAUUCUAAUGAUGAGUUUCCCACUCAUCCUGUGAGUAAAUCUCAACACAAGGACCAACUUUCCUUUCCAUCUACCCUUAUCUAAAUAUUGUCUCGAUGAACGUGCGGCAAGAUAAGGAUUCUAAGUAAGCCUCCAUUGUCGGACCUGACAUCCACUUAGUACCGAACAAUAAUCUUGGAAUGGACUGGAUUAAGUCUAAAAUCCCAUGAGAGAGAGAGAGUCAAGAUUAAUCUAAGAAUAGAAGUGGGAUAUUUGUUAGAAUAAUCUUGGUUGGAGAAAAGACGGUUGGAUCUAUACCCCGGAGCACAUUCGUCCCAGCAGAGAUCAUCAAUCUUAAGUGGAUACGAGAGGAAAAGCAGUAGUAAUCAGGACUAGGAGCAACAUGUCCUGCUACCUACCUCUAGUUCAACGUUGGAGGAAACCUAAGAAGGAAACCAAAGUUGUUUCGCCAAUUCCUGAUCCCAGCCCUAAACCUAAACAAUUCACGGAUAACGCCCACGUACACGCCCUCCGAGACAGGAAGGGUGUAACAUUGUCCCAAGGGGUGGGGGAUUUCCCCCACGAAGUAUUUCUAAACAUCCGACAUGAUCAUCCGACCCUUGGACUGGAUGAUGUUGCGUACCAACGGAUCCACCUGGAGCACACUCAUCAAACCAGAGAUGAGAGAACGGACCCUGGAGUAGUUUCUCUCGGUCUCCCACUAGGCAUUUCUUCUCUCAAACUCAGCUCCAAAGUGCGAAAAGUAAAAAACCGACGGACUAACGGACAUGUCAGUGAUGGAGAUCUAGAGAUACGGCGAGGUACUCGGUGUGUACCAGAACCUGCUGUGAGGCGUGGAUCUCUCCCGAGAAAGGCCAAGAUACCAUCUGCAUACACACAAUACCACAGCAGCAGUAGACCCCUUUCUAUAGAUGCAGACGUCCUGCUAGGCAGAUGCAAUAAAUCCUCAAGCUUACACGAAUAUCUCCCGCAGGAUCAAACCCCCAACAAGGGGUCCCAGGGGGGAUUCAGGGGGUCCACUGGAGGGGUUCAUUGGGGGUCCAAACUAGCCCUUUUAACCUCACCCAGUCAGUUUAUGGGAACAGAGGGAGAAAAGUCAAGCAGUGGAAAUUCUUCUGGUAGUGAUUUAACUUGGGAUGGGACUCCACCCCCCGAUUAUGUUCACCCUGCCCUCCGUGGGCGUGGUCUUGUUGAAGUCGGUGUGGCUAGGGGACCACCACCAAAACAUUUACUCCCUAAGAGGCUUAAACCAAGUCCUAUGCAAAAAAUGCACCCGUCAGUCGUUCUUACACCGGAGAUUAAAAAAGAGCUGGAAAGAUAUCAGGAGGCAGAAGACGACAUUACAACUGAUGAUGAUGAGUUAACUCCUUCUCUUCCCAUCAAUCCUUCUCAUGUACAGUACAAGAAACCCUCCAGAGCUUCCAGGAUGUCUCGAGGCUCCCCUUUCGGAGGUUCGAGGCACACAACCCCUAGAGGGAGCGAGAAAAUAAGAAAAAAUAUUACACCCUCUCCAUUAGACUCAGGUUAUAAGACAAUGGAACACAGUUAUGAUGGUGAUAGUUCUGUGUCGUCUGACAGUCAAAAUUUUAAACCAGCUGACGGUCAAACUAUAACAUCAGCUGAUUUCCAAACCAAAUCAUCAGCUGAAAUGCGGGAACUGCAAUUAAGAACACCUUUGAGUAAAGAUAUGAGCCGGAUAUCCCGGCUAUGUCCAGGGGUGAACCUACGGCCUCGACGAGGUGAAAGUGUACCUCCCUGUUAUUUAAACCUUCUCUCUGACCGUCAGCUAGUUCACCUGCUUAGCUAUCUUAACUCUCAGGAUCUGGUUCGUGUAAGCAGUACAUGUACCCGGCUGUAUAAACUAGCGUGGAACAUACACCUUUGGAAAACGAUCAGUCUGGAAGAGGAUGUUGAUGUUGAUAAAGCAGUGAGGAGUAUACUCGUUAAACUAGUCUGGGGUAGUGGAGGACCAUGGUCCCAAGGUGGUCCCUGGUCACCACAGGACCGGUCCCAAGGAGGUCCCUGGUCCCAACAGGACCGAUCCCUCUUAGGGGCUCCAUGUGUUGAGACGGUCCUGCUAGGAGGAUGCCGGCAGUUGACCGAUAGAUCGCUGGCUCUGCUAGCUCGGAACUGUCCGCAGUUAGUUCAUCUUGAUCUUCAACGAUGCAGAAAUGUGACGAACGGAGGAUUGGUUGAUCUUUUAAACCGUUGCAGUAGAUUAGAGCACCUUGAUAUAACAGGUUGUCCCAUGGUGUCUACCUUGAAUCCAGGACGGCGUGUCCUUCUAUCCUUGUCCUACCUGGACCUGUCCGAGUGUGUAUCCCUGGACGAUACAGGACUACAGAUGAUUGGGACGAGUUGUCCUAACCUGACCCAUCUUUAUCUCAGGAAAUGCAUAAAUAUAACAGAUACCGGAGUGCGAAGUAUAGCUACCUAUAUCCCACAGCUCCGGGAGCUAUCUCUCUCCGACUGCUCCGGUAUCGGAGAUGCAGGAAUAGCUGAGCUAUCUAGACUAGGUCCAUCGCUACGGUAUCUCUCUAUCUGCAGGAUAGGGCCAUCAAUGCAGUAUUCGGAUAAAUCUACUGAUUGUCAAGAUGCUGGCCUCAGGUUGGUUUUGAAGCAUUGCUAUAAAUUACGGUAUUUAAACUGCAGAGGAGGAACCAUCAUAUCUGAUUCUACACUACAGUACAUAGCAGCUGUAUGUACAAAACUUAGGUCGCUUGAUGUUGGAAAAUGCUCCAUAUCGGAUACCGGUCUCCGAUAUUUGUCAUCUAAACUUCCAAACCUCCGCAAACUCUCGCUACGAGGCUGCGAGGAUGUCGGGGAUGGUGGUGUGGCUGCUGUAGCUCGAGGCUGUAAAUCUCUGAUACAUCUAAAUAUACAAGAGUGUGAUAUAUCCAGUAAUCUAGUUCGAUCAAUGCUCAACAAUAUGAACCAUUGUUUCAUCGAAUAUUCACCUUUUAUUGAAGAAUAAAAGUUUAGAAAGUUAAAAAAAACCUAUUGUUAAUUAAAAACGAUUGCCUCAAAACUUUUAAAGCAACACAAACAAAUUUGUUUUGUAAAUAAAGAUUUUUUUUUCUGUAUUUGUUCAAAUUUCGCACGACUAUGAUCCCUGAAGGGUUCGAAAAUAAAGUCGCACUGUUCAUUAAACCAAGACAACUGAAUCCCUUUGAAAGCUUUAUAAAUAAAAUAUUAAUAAAAUGCACUAUUAUUGGAGCUAUUGAAGUUCUAAAAGCCUGGCUGUGAUGUAAUUUGUUUGAAUAUUCUUGUUUAUGGAAUGUACGUGUAAUUAAGAAAUACAGUACUUUCAAAUGUGCAUCUGUACUUUUGUUACAAAAAAAUAUAAUAAUUAAAAUAUCAAUAAUUUUGCUGUUUUAUAAUGAAUUAAAUGGUCUUUUUUUCUACAUUGUGUAUUUUAAUGAACUAA